GGGUGGGGCAGGCGCAAGCGCAGAAAGCGCGGGCGCGGUUGCCGUGGCAGCGCCUGCCCGAGGGAGGGCGGCGGCGCGGGGCCAGGACCCCGGCGGGCAGAGGCGGCGACGCGGCCACCGGAGAGUGUGCGGCGGGGCAGCUGAACAGCAGGGGCCCCGCCCUGCUGGCCGGUGGGGAUGCGGGACCGGCUGCCCGACCUCACGGCGGAAAAACGACGAUGGAGACACUGCUGUUGUCACUGUUGAGAAGGACCAUUUCAUGGACGAUUUCUUCCAUCAGGUGGAGGAGAUUCGAAGCAGCAUAGCCAGGAUCGCUCAGCACGUAGAAGACGUGAAGAAGAACCACAGCAUCAUCCUUUCUGCUCCAAACCCAGAAGGAAAAAUAAAAGAAGAGCUGGAGGACCUGAACAAAGAGAUCAAGAAAACUGCUAACAGGAUCCGGGGCAAGCUGAAGUCUAUUGAGCAGAGUUGUGAUCAGGACGAGAACGGGAACCGAACUUCAGUGGAUCUGCGGAUACGAAGGACCCAGCACUCGGUGCUGUCUCGGAAGUUUGUGGACGUCAUGACAGAAUACAAUGAAGCGCAGAUCCUGUUCCGGGAGCGAAGCAAAGGCCGCAUCCAGCGCCAGCUGGAGAUCACUGGAAGGACUACCACUGACGAGGAGCUGGAGGAGAUGCUGGAGAGCGGGAAGCCGUCCAUCUUCAUCUCGGAUAUUAUAUCAGAUUCACAAAUUACUAGGCAAGCUCUCAAUGAGAUUGAGUCCCGCCACAAAGAUAUCAUGAAGCUGGAGACCAGCAUCCGAGAGCUGCACGAGAUGUUCAUGGAUAUGGCAAUGUUUGUCGAGACUCAGGGUGAAAUGGUCAACAACAUUGAAAGAAACGUGGUGAGCGCUGUAGAUUACGUGGAGCAAGCCAAGGAAGAGACAAAGAAAGCCAUCAAAUACCAGAGCAAGGCCAGGCGGAAAAAGUGGAUAAUUGCUGCUGUGGCGGUGGCUGUCAUUGCUGUCCUGGCUCUAAUCAUUGGCUUGUCGGUUGGCAAAUGAUUGCGUAGAUGGCGCUGGGUGCCUGCCUCUCCCUCAGGGUGGCAAAGGUGAUGUUCAUCCUCAUUUGUGUAGUCACUUUGCUUGUGAUCCUUGGAAUUAUUCUAGCAACAGCAUUGUCAUAGCAACCGCACCCCAAGAGCUCUUUGUCCUCGGACCACACCUGCAGCUUAGUCAGCAUCCUGUCCUUCCAUGCGUGAACCUCAGAUCCCAGGGCUAGCGCCAGGCACUGAAGUUUUUAUUGAUAGAUGAAGAAGAAAGCGUCACAGAGGUUUCGUACCAUGAAACACCGUUGAGCCCAGUGGAUGCGACAUGCCAGCCCAGAGAGCCCGGGUCUCUCUGAAGGACACCACAGAGAUUUCACGAUGGUGGCCUUGCCUUGGUAGCUUUGAAAUAGGAAUGAUUGAAAAAGUCUAAUUUUUAAAGAAGAUGUCAGUGUUAAAAAUGUAUGUUGUGUUUAAUUAGGGUGUGCUCUGUGCUCUCGGCUGACAGUGCUGAUGAAGAGACUGUGCCGGGCUUGAUCUCUGUUCAUGUCUUGUUUAUGGAAUCAUCAUAGAACUGUUUUGUGAGGCAUCUGUAAUUUUAAAUAUCUGUAAGUUAAGUUCCUUAAUAUAUUAACAUCUAAACUCCCCUUUCUAAGCUAGACACUGCCUUGUGAAGGACAAUGGGCCAGCCCCAGGCAGCCAUGUACAGGUUACUGUUGUCACCGAGAACAUGGCCUCGCAGCCCUCACGGCCCUUCUUCAGUGCCUUCUGGUGACCCAGACUAGGAAGUGUGAGGGUCUGAAGAGCCUUGAAUGUCGUCAGCUCCUCACAGAGGUGAUGAGCAGUCACAUGCUGCACUCAUGUUGCUCUUUCUUGUUCACUCGAGCCGAUGGAGUCUCAAGGCAAGGUGACAACAAUGGAGCCAAGACUUGGUGCUCACCAAACUCAAGGGAAUGGUCCCGGGCACAAAGGACCAGAUCCUCAGCCCAACACCCAUGAUUACCCAGAGUUCCUAAGAAACUGUGAAGUGUGGUAUAAAGCUGUGCGCUGUUUUACACUUGUGAAUAGAUGGCCUAGUGACUGCCUGUCUUUCGAGACCAAGUAUGUGAAGGACACCAGGACUAAUGAACUCUGCCGACCGACCGCUGACUGUAUGUAUGAAUGCUCACUCUACCCCAGCCUCAUUUGGUGGGAUCUGAUAUAACCAUGCUGAUUCGGAAUACCAAGUGUGAGUGAGCGCUACUGAACUGUCUAGAAACCAUGAUCCUUUCAGUGGUGAAUGUGCCACACUGUCACCUCCUCACACCUCCCAGCCUGACACCCACCUGACCAUGUGCCGAGAGCUACUGCAGCAGGCUAGGCUGUGUGUCCUGGUCUAGAGCUAGCCUGUAGUGGAGAUACUUCUGGCUGAUAUCUCAUGCUUCCUGCCCGGGAGCUCAUACUUCCUGCUUGGAAGCCCACACUUCCUGCCCGGGAGCUCACACUUCCUGCCCGGGAGCUCACCCUUCCUGUCCGGGAGCUCACCCUUCCUGUCCGGGAGCUCACACUUCCUGUCCGGGAGCUCACACUUCCUGCCUGGGAGCUCACACUUCCCGUCCGGGAGCUCACACUUCCUGUCCAGGAGCUCACACUUCCUGUCCGGGAGCUCAUACUUCCUGCCUGGGAGCUCACACUUCCUGCCUGGGAGCUCACCCUUCCUGCCUGGGAGCUCACCCUUCCUGUCCAGGAGCUCACACUUCCUAUCCGGGAGCUCACAUUUCCUGCCUGGAAGCUCUGAAGAUGAGGCUGAGCUUGUGCAGCUCCCACCCUCUCUGCGUCAGUGCCAUUGGAUUUAGCUGCAGAGGACACGCAUACCACCCAGGUUCCCACUACCCUGGGCCAGGUUUCCUUCAAGUCCAACCUGAGCCCUUGGCCUACAGUGUGCUCACUGAGUGUUCAAGAGGCCUCUUGACCAGGCAGGCAGCUGAGUCUGGUUCGCAGUGGAGCAGGGGUGUAUGGGUGAGUGAGUCAGCACCCCAGAUAUGCCUCUAUGCUGACUUCAUAGCCUAUUUAAAAAUAUAUUUACAGAUUCCCUUGUUACUUUUCCCAACCAUUUCUUCAAAUACUUUGUGUUUACAUUAAAAAGUUAUCAAAGAAGCAAA